GCACGCGUCGCUGCUCCGCCGGGCUACUCACGCGCGCACCUAUUUCCGUCCAUGCUGGCAGCGAAGGCGUGGGUGGCAGCGAAGAUGCGCGGAACGUAUGGCCGUCGUCCACAGGUCGUCCAAGUCGUGUGCUCGCCCGCACAGGCGCUCGCUCAUGAUCGUGGGACUCAUCCUCGCCUGCGGGCACUGCAGCGAGUCGACCCUGGUCGUGCCUGCUCGUCCUCGAGCACUUGACAUCACAGCAAACGGUUUAGCAUUGCCGUGUUUCCCAUAUGCACCAUGCCCCGCCCACCAAUGCGAUGCACCCGGCCGAAGUAUGGCACCCCAGGGCCCACACGGCGAACUCCUCGGGCGUUCUUCGAAGUUCGAACGCUCGACGAUAGGCAUCUACAUUGCCUCUCCGAGGAAUCGAACGUGCGAGCCCUUUGAUUCCAGCUCUGAGCUAAAUUGCAGGAUGAUGCGGCAGAGCCUCAACGUACUGCAGAACUGGGAUGUUCUACCCUUGAGAGAUGCUCCAUACUUUGUGGCUACAGACCAGCACUAGCAAGGCCCGGCCUGGUCUUUGCAGUGACAGGAAGAUGUCGUGAAGGCGCAGCUUUGGCGCGACGGCACCACGCGGCAGACUUUCUACCCUACUCACGCGUCACCAAACGAACCUUCCCUUUUCUAGACGGCGCACAGUGCAAAAGGCUUAGGUUGCCG